CUUUGUUGCUAGGAGAGAAUAGUGGCUGCUCUACAUUUCACUGGCUUCCUGUUGUAAUGAGGUACAGCAUCAACAAAAGUGACAAGCAAGGUUUAAUAAUUCACAAAUGUAAGAUCACAGGGGAGAGCAUUCCAACCCCCUGGGGAUCUUACUUUCCUCUUUCCUUGGGCAGAGGUGUUUCUGUAAGUGAAAUGACUAUAGGGAUUUGAAGCAUGUAGUGAAGAGGACAUUACAUAGAAAGGUGAAGUUCUGCUUGUGGUAUAAAUUUCUCUUUCUUUUCUUUAGCAGAAACCCAAAUUUCAUUAGGUUCAAUUGAAUAAAUCUGAAGCACAGUGCUCUGCAGUUGUGGUAGUGGUUAGGAGCUGAAAAAUCCUGAGUCAUGGAGUCACCAGCUGUGAACUCUUGAAGAAAUAUGCCUGACAGGAGGUUCUUUGUCUCCCCUUUCUUGAAAGAAUUAUAAUAAAAACCCAGUUGAAACCCCCUGUUUGGCUACACACUUAAAAUAUAAGUUUAUGUGAAUAUUCUUAUGAUUGUGUUCCUCUGUGCCACCCUUCCAGCAUCAAUGAUGGCUUUGACAGUUAAUGGCUUGUGUGGAUUUCUGGCUUCUCUUGCCCUUCCUUCCAGGACAAGAAUAGCCCUUUUGCUUAAGUUUGCAGAAAUGAAUUUGUUUGAGACUUCUGGCUAAGGAAAACAAGAAUCUUCUUUCUGUUCUCCUAGUGUGGUAUAGCAGAGAAUGACACAUGCUUUUAUUUUCACUCUUCUUUAUAGUCCAAACAGAAGUCAUAACUAGCUUCUGUCCAGAGAAAGCUGAUUCAUUUUCCUUGCUCUGUUCCCUUGUUCCAAGUGAGAGGAGCUAAUCUUUGGUACUUGAUAAGUCACUUUUUGAAUGGUGUGUAAAACACUAGGCAAUACAGCAGCCAAAAUAGUUCUGAGCUCAAUAUGAAACCUUUUCAUGAUGUUUUUAUUCCUGUUGCAUUUUUUUGUAACAGCCUGUGUUUUUUAUUGUCAUCUAGUUUGUGCUCUCACACUUGGGAUCUAAACUUGUGAUCUCUAGAAUCCAACCAAACAGAAUCACAGAGGCUGGAAGGGGCUUCUUGAGAUGAUUUGGAGCAACCCUGCUGCUUAAGCAGGGUUGGCUGGAGCUGAUUGCACAGAAUGAUGUCCAGUUGGGUUUUGAAUAUCUCCAAAAAUGGAGACUUUCUAAGCAACCUGUUCCAGUAUUUGACCACUUUCUCUGGAAAAUUUUAUUUUGAUGUUGGAUAGAAUUUCAUGUGCUUUAGUUUGUGUCCAUUGCCUGUUGUCCUGUCAGUAGGCACUGCUAGCUUUAUUUGCUUUAUACUCUUCCAUCAGGUAUUUAUACACAUGCAUAACUUACCUCCUGAGUCUGCACUUCUCCAAGCCCAGUUCUCUCAGCUUCACCUCAUGUAAAAGAUACUCUGGGCCCUUAAGCAUCUUUGUGGCCCUUUGCUGGUUUUGCUCCAGCAUGUCCAUCUCUUUCUUGCUUCCAGAAGCCCAGAACUGGUUGCUUCAAGCUGGCUUCACCAGCAGAGGUGUUGUGUCAGUCCCUCAACCUGCUGUUGGCCACCUUUGCCUUGAGAGAGUGAAUUGCUGGCUCAUGAUAAACUUGUCCACCAAAACAGUAUAAAUCCAUUUCUGAAAAACUAAUCUCAACAAACAGCAUAAUCUUUAUUCUUUGUUUAACCAUAAUUCAGCUUUUCUCCUCUGGGCCUUUCAUUUCUCAAUAUACUUUACUAGCAGGUUCCCUUUUAAUCUACCUGAACAUUAAUUCUACCUUAUUGGGGUUGUGUUUGUGUUGGUGUGUAAUAGUGCAGAGAAUAUCCCAUUGCACUUCUGAGAUGAUAAUUUUAUGCUGGGGUUUUGUGUUUCCACAGAUAUGAUUUUGAAAUGGAAGGCAGGUGCAAUCUUAGAGUGGUCAUUUUACUUUACCUGCACAGUUUCAUUUUACCUUAAAAAAUCACUGGAAGAAAUACUGUAAAGAAAAUAGAAGCUCGUGUUUCCUCUACUGAUAAAUCCUUUUUUCUCCACCGAGUUGGCUCUGGUCACUCAGUACUAAACAGAAUCAUUACUUGCCUAGUUACAUUUGGCAUGUGAACAGUCACCCCAAAAUGGAUGCAAGUAUGGAAAAUGUAGUGCUGCAAGGAUAGGCUUGCAUCGAAUUCACUCCUUUCAUGGCUUUAGCCAACAAAAAUAAUUAUUAACCUGCUAAUGUUUUAUUGCAAAUAAUGUUUGUAGCAUGUGCUCCUCAUAUUAGGUUUUGCUUGAAUUCCUUUCUUCAGCACAGUAUUCCUGUUGCUGUGAGUUAUUAGGGCAGCUGUUUUGCCACAAUAUAGGUAAAAGAUAUCCAUAUACACACAAAGAAUAUACAUAUAUUCUUCAGAGCAGGAGCCUUUUUGGUUUUUGUUUUUUUUUUCAGGGGAGUGGGUGGUUGGGAAGGGUAGAUGGUGGGUGUUUUGAUUUGGGUAUUUUUGACAUGCUUCUGAUCUGUGUGGCUUUAAAGAAAAACACCUGAUAAUUUCACAUUAAAAUUCCAUUUUUAAUCCUGCAGGUAGGUAGAAGCAGAAGCUUUAAAGGAUUAGCUUGCCAUUUUGUUUCUUUAGGAUCUUUUUAAAGUUGUAAAUCUAUCUUUAAGUUGUAAAUUGUUCAGAUUGUUGGUAGAAGUUAUUGGCAGGAGUAUGUAGUGGAUUCAGGUAUAUUUUGAAAUGAAUUAGGACCUGCAGGUCUCAGUGCUUGUCUCUAGUUGCUCCUCAAUUCACACUGGUCUGGCAGUUGAGUUUAUUGUUUUAUUGGUGCAUUUUAUACUUAUUUUCAAAUAUUCUGAGAUAAAUCUUAUUCAAUAUGUGUUAUGUGGGACAUAAUUUCUAUACCAAAGCAAAUUCAAAACAGUCUUUUAUUCACUCAUUCAUGAUUGCUUCCAAAAUUAGAUGUUCAUUCUUUCCAUGUCAUUGUUCUCAUAAUAUGUUCAGUAGGUGAAAAAGUUUCCAAAGAAAUUUCUGAACCCUUUCUCAAAACUGUAUUCUAUUGGCAUUUGCUUUUUUGGGGUGCAUAGAGAUCAAACUGAUUUCACUGAUUUCUGUAAAAAAGGCAGAUGCUCUAAAACUUGCCCUUAUUGAAGUAUCACCUGCUUAAAAAUAGUUUAAUGAAAUGUUGAUGCAACUUCAGCCAUGUCACUUAGAAUUAGGUGUGGCAGUUUAUGGCUGACUUGCAGCAGAUCAGUUUACUUUGGAAGACUUACUGCUAAUUAAUUAUGAAGGAAAGAAUAUUGUGUUUGCCAAAAAACCCGACUCUUCUGACUUGGGGAAAACAGAAACAUUUGGUAACCUUCACUUUUAUGGGUGGUAUGCUGUGCAUUUCCCCAAGAAUGUGCAAUUACAGCUGUAUCAGGACUCCACCCUUUUCUGGAUUGGAAGGUACAUUACAAAUGAAUUUUGUUUCUCAACCAGUUUCCAGAGAGAGUAUUGCAAUUUUUGUUUGGAAUAUAUCUUUUGAAAUAUAAGAAUCCUUCUUCAGCUAAUGUUUUUUCUACACCUUCUGUUUUCUUCCAUAGCUGCAGUUCAGAUGAGAAUAAUCCCCAGGAAAGUUUUAUGGAGGGUUAAGAGUGAAAACACUUUUAUACCAGCUGACUCAACAUUUCUUACUCAAGUUGUUUUUACUUGCACUUCUACAACUAAAAAUGAAAUCUAGUGGAUGAAGAUGUGGGCCAUAAGCCACAUUCUUCUCAUCCCCUGAUUUUUAAGUUCUGGGAGUAUUGCUCAGAGAUAUAACUGCUGCAACCACGUUGAUAAACCGUCCUGCAAAGGAAAAAGGAAUUACAUGAGUUUUGUAAGACUCCUGAUGGAAGCAGUCCUCUGUAGAGUGAGAAAUGGAACAUAAAGUGUUGGGAAAGUGGAAAGAUUUGUGGACCAAAAUGGUGUUAUUGUGCCUUGGAGCUCUUUUAAAAGAAGUAGAGCAAUGGAAACAACUGAAAAUUUAAGGAUCUUGAUUACUAAUAUAUAAGUUCAUAUUCCCACUAGUAUCUAAAGAUUAUAUUUAAUAAAAGGAUUUCUGUGUCAGACUGAUACAAAAAUAUCAAGCUUGUUUGUAACAAGGCACAGUAAACUCAAGAUCCAGUUCACUUUAAAAUGAUCUGGAAGUUUCUGCUGGACCCUUUCCCUGAAUAUCUUUGCCAAAUUAUGGACUAUCUGAAACUUUAAUACCUUCCCUAGAGCUAUGCACAAAUAGGUAAUAAUUCCUCAGUUUUUCUCACCAAGAAUUGAGUGCAUAUACAGUGCUGAUAUGUGCUCUAAAGAUACUUAGAACAGUUCAAAGGCAAAACAAACUCUCUUUCCUUCUCUUGGGUCAGAUUUUCAUUUAAGAUUGGAGUGGGAUCUGCUUCUGUCAGCUUGUCUGACCUUCCUCCUAAAAGAGGCAGCCAACCUUACUUUUUCUUUACCAAACCUUUAACUAUUUGAAUUACAGGAUACAUUUAGCUAACUGGGAAACCUUUAAAUUUGCAAGGCUUUGCUGCAUUGUUUGUUUAGGAGGAGAAACUAACUAUAGUAUUUCUUUAGUGGAAUAUGAGGACUAUUUUGUUGAAUGCAGGGAAAACUCUCAUGGUGUUUUCCUUUGUUUAACAUAUUUAAAAUCUGUCUUUCCAGUAAGUUCUCAUUCAUGUAGAACAUUUUGUCUCUACAGGCUGCUCUUUCCUGUUGCUUUUCUUGCUUUCUCUGCUUAUUGCUUCACAACUGCAGCCAGUCAAUUCCUUUCAAAACUAGUCCAUGAUAAAGACAACCUUUUUUUUUUUUUUUUGCCUUUUUUUAAGCUUUAACAGUUGGUAUAUAAAGGGGAUUUAAUUGAAAUAACUUGAAAGAAGAAUGCUUAGCUCUCCCAUCUGGGAUAACCACACCUGAAAUAGGAGGUAAACCUAUUACCUAAACCUGUAGCCUUAGUUUACAGCAGCAAAUUUUAACAUAAUAAUAUUCAAGCUUGAUUAAAACCUGUUGUUUUCUAUUGAAAAUCCACAGCUCCAUGAAUUAUCCUAAUGGUUAAUUAGUCACAGUGUUAAAUAAAAAAUUAUUUGUAAUCUGAAUUCAUUUAGCUUCAGUUAUUUAUGUCUGGAUUUUGUCUUUUCUCUCAUCAAUGCCAUGUGUACCCUCAAAUCCAUGGAAUACAGUGGAGUGUAUUGAUUUUCUCUUGAAUAAACUGUAGGAUGCAUUGAAAUCUUGCUAAGUGGUGCACUUUCUAGUCCUUGGUCAAUUUGUUCAGCUUUCUGCUGAAUUCUCUUCAAUUCUUCAGUUCUUUCUCUUGUGUGGACCUUGGACAGAAUGGAAGAACAUUUUUGUGCCAGUGGAUUGAUUUUAUUUUCUACAUUCUGCUUUAAUAUCAGGGUUUUUCAUUGUUCUCAGAGUUGGAUUAUACUAUGAGUUUGUGCUUGGCUGAUUCAAUGGUAAUUAUUGCCAAGUGCUUAGAACAUAAGUAUUUUGGUUGCUUUUUUCUUUAAGUACAGCAUACUCAGGAACACAGACAAGCUGCAAUGAAAACAAGAGUGUUACCUCUGCCUAUUCACAGUUUGUAAUGCCAAAAUUUCAGUAUUGUUGAAAAAUAUGUCCAUUCUGAAAGAACUCUCAGUAGACAUAGUGUGCUUUUUUUACAGAAAGGAAAAUAAACCACACAAAAAGGAAGCUUCAGUUGCAUAUAUGAAUAUCUGUUAAAUAAUUUGUGAGUUACAUCUUCAUUGUGGUUUGCUAUUCUGAAAAUGGUUAGGAAAGACCAAAUACAUUUAUAAUAAAUUUGCUGCAUAUUCCUAUUUCAACACUUUAAUUUCUGAUUAUGAAAUGAAAACCAAGCUGAUUCUGAUUUAAGUAGGAAUUUGAGAUGCUACCAGUUAAAAAUAAAACAUUUUGCUCCAUGUUAAUCAACAUCAAAUGUGUAAGUCCCUUUGAGUCUUGCCAUCUACUUCCAUGUUUUAUUAAAUAUUUAAGUUGCUUUCUCACUCUCAUUUUUAUUCUGUAUCCUUCACUAUCAUUAGUCUUUCCUUGUAUGUUCUGGGUAAUCUUUCCUUUCUCUUUCUCUGUGGCAGAUGUCUGUUACCUGUCAUGCAGCUUCAGUAGGAUUGCAGGUGGAUUCUGGUGAAUGUAGCAGUGGUGUUUAUGGGCAGGAUCUUGGGUAGGCUGCUGUGCUGCUCUGGUUGGGAAGAGGACAUUGACACAGACUGCUUGAAAAUUUUCAGCUCUUAUUUAUCAAGGCAUCUUUGAGGAUGAAAGCAUGAAAUUACGGCAGCUGAAGCUACAGAAUCAGAGAGCCCUUCUAGAGAAGAAGCAGAGGAAGAAACGUCUCGAUCCGUUGAUGGUACAGCCAAAUCCUGAGGCCAAGCUGCGCAGGUCAAAGCCCAAAGGGAGCGAGGAGCAGACUCCUUUAGUAGAAACUCCUACCCCUGUCCACAGUGAUGUUGUUUUACAUGGCAUUGAUGGACCAGCUGCCUUCCUGAAAUCAGAAGUGCAGGAUUUGGGAACCAAGCUCCAAACUCUGUCUGUUGGAUCUACCAAACCAGAAGACAAUGCAGAUAAGGAAAAUGAUGGAGAGACUGUAACAGAUACAGCAAGCAAGCCAGAUCUGCAAGAAAUAUUACAGAAACGAGGAAUUUCAGGCAGUUUGAAUUUUGAUGAGGAGGACACAGAAGAGGAAGAAGCUAGUAAGAGACCAGUAUCUCAUUCACCAUACAAUGAAUCUGAGAGGCCUAGUUCUGCAUCCAGCGAGAAGUCUUUUGCAGAAACAGGUGCUUCCUGUAGUCCAUCCCCUCAGGCAGAUGCACAGCUGGGAGAAGUAGAGAACUUGGAGGAUUUUGCAUUGCGCCCGGCACCCCGUGGAAUUAGUGUCAAGUGUCGAAUCACUAGAGAUAAAAAGGGAAUGGACCGGGGCCUCUUCCCUACUUACUACAUGCAUCUGGAAAGGGAUGACAACAAAAAGACAUUCCUUCUUGCGGGAAGAAAAAGAAAGAAGAGCAAAACAUCCAAUUACCUCAUAUCAGUUGACCCAACUGAUUUAUCUCGGAAAGGGGAAAGUUUCAUUGGAAAACUCAGGUCAAACCUCAUGGGAACCAAAUUUACAGUCUAUGACCAUGGUGUUAACCCAGUCAAGGCACAAAGUCUAGUGGAAAAGGCUCAUACAAGACAGGAGCUCGCAGCUAUUUGUUAUGAAACUAAUAUCUUAGGAUUUAAGGGUCCCAGAAAAAUGUCUGUGAUCAUUCCAGGAAUGAACAUGAAUCAUAAGCGAAUUCCAAUCCGUCCACGAAAUGAACAUGAGGGUCUGCUGUCAAAAUGGCAAAACAAAAAUUUAGAGAACCUCAUUGAGUUGCACAACAAGGCUCCAGUCUGGAAUGAUGAUACUCAGUCCUAUGUUUUGAACUUCCAUGGGAGGGUCACUCAGGCCUCAGUGAAGAACUUCCAGAUUGUCCAUGACAAUGAUCCUGACUACAUCGUGAUGCAGUUUGGUCGUGUAGCAGAAGAUGUGUUCACUCUGGACUAUAAUUACCCGCUCUGUGCUCUUCAGGCCUUUGCUAUUGGACUCUCCAGCUUUGAUAGUAAAUUGGUCUGUGAAUGAGGGGCUACAGACCUGAAACGUGGAACUCACUCCCACCCCUACAUCUCAUAAGAGUUCUAGGUGUAGCAAUGAAGAGCAUAUUGGGAGGGAAAUGGAGGACAGACUUCUGCAGGCUUAUUAGAAAACCAAUUCCAGCCUUCAGAGCAUUGGGGGAGUUGACAGCAGAGCAAUCUCUGUAUGGAUUGCAGAAGAACAAGAAAUCUAGGUGAUGUCUCUAUUGUUCAUUCUGUGUUGAUUCUGCUUUUAGAAUCCUUAUUUAGAGAUGCUGCAUGAGAGUGGGCUAAGCCCACUUAUUGGAACUCCUUGCAGCUAGGAUUAUAAAAUAAUGGCUAAAUAUUCAUUUACCUUUAAGCUGCCACAAAGCCCAGGACUCUUGCUACUCAAGAGUUCCUAAUCAGAUGAAUUC